AUGAAAGCUUCUGUUCUCACCUCUCUGGCUAUCCUGUCUGGUGGUCUUGUCGAGGCAGCUUCGCAUUGCACCUCGACCACGACCAUCACGUCGACGCCGCGAGUCCAUUGCGACAUUGCCUGCAUCAAGCCCACAAGCACCUGCAAGAAGGGAGAGCCAACCGGGCCCCCUGCCACCGUUACCAUCACUUCAGGCUGCACCGUAUCUGUGAUCGGGAAAGGGUGUGUUGGCUGUGCUAGUUGUGUAUCUCCUAUCCACACUCCGUAUCCAGUCAAGACGGUGUAUUAA